AGCUGAUAAUGCUUUCCAAAGAUGAUAUAACGUUACCUCGGGGAGGCUAUGCCCCACAUCCUGCUAGGAAUCUGUCCCACCUCUUCAGUCCAGAGCACAAGCUUGCUUGUUGCUCUGCAGUAUACAUUGAGCUCCUUCCAGCAGGAGUUUUAUAGCAAGCAGACAGUUGCUUUAAAUUAGAAAAGUUGGCAAGUGUCCGAGGAAAGGAGUGGGAGCUUAUUUAGCUGAGACAGACAGUUACAAAGCUCAAUAUAAGAGCAUCAAGCUUCAAAUAAGUUUUCAUGAAGUACAUUAUCUGUCGUUGAGGCGUUCAAAUUGGCUUUAACGGAUUUGGAAAUACCAACAAUUACCUGUUGCCUUGAAUUUACUGCUCCUACAGCACGACCCAAAAGAAGUGUGUUGCUUUUCCUGGAAAAAUUUGGUGUCAUCUACUCGAAUGUAAAGAAACCAGUGGACUCUGAUUUGCUUCUGUUCUGUAAGUUGGCUCUGAAGGAAUGGAACUCCAACAAAACCCCUCGCAGACAUGUUCUGAGAGUCCAGAAAUGAAUUAGAGGAAACAACUUGACUCAUGACACCUCACCUGACUCAUGACUGAAUCUUGGCUAAUGCAACGCUAAUUUCAAACACCUUUGUAUAUCAGAUUCAACGAUGUUUGUGUUGCUGUACAUUACAAGUUUUGCCAUCUACACCAGUGAACAACCUCUUCAAAACCAGUUCAAAGGAGAGAACUACUAUACCAGAUACAUCUGCAGUAUCCCUGGGUUGCCAGGCCCUGUGGGCCCCCCCGGAGCUAACGGAGCCCCAGGGCCGCAUGGACGCAUUGGUCUUCCAGGAAGAGAUGGCAGAGAUGGCAGGAAGGGUGAAAAAGGUGAAAAGGGGAGCGCAGGUUUAAGAGGAAAAACUGGGCCAUUAGGACCAACCGGAGAGAAAGGAGACCAAGGUCAGUCUGGGAAAAAAGGACCUGGAGGACUGAUUGGUGCCAAGGGUGAAGUAGGUCCAGCUGGACCACCUGGACCUAAGGGAGAUAAAGGAGACCGAGGAGAGCCAGGUGCACCAGGGGUCUGUAAGUGUGGGAAGAUAGUGCUGAAGUCUGCCUUUUCUGUUGGCAUCACCACCAGCUACCCUGAGGAAAGACUACCAAUUGUAUUCAAUAAAGUCCUCUUCAACGAGGGUGAACAUUAUAACCCCUCCACAGGGAAGUUUAUUUGUGCCAUCCCAGGGAUUUAUUAUUUUUCUUAUGACAUCACUUUGGCAAAUAAGCACCUUGCAAUUGGGCUGGUUCACAACGGGAAGUACCGGAUAAAGACGUUUGAUGCAAACACAGGAAACCACGACGUAGCUUCUGGAUCCACUGUGAUCUACCUUCAGCCAGAAGAUGAAGUAUGGCUUGAGAUCUUCUAUGCUGACCAAAACGGUCUCUUUUCAGACCCAACAUGGGCAGAUAGCUUGUUUUCUGGAUUUCUCUUAUAUGUUGAUACAGAUUAUCUUGAUGCUUUGUCAGACGAAGAUGAGCUCUGAAGCAGAUGAUGUCAAAUCACAGCCAAACGAGACAAUCUAGCAGAUAACUUUAUCUAGCUGUGUGUGGGACACAAAGUUGAAAGUGAAUAAGCUGAGAAUUUAUUUUUGCUUUGACAGGAACCAAAUCUGAGUUCAGAUAGAGAUUUCUAGAAUCAAAUCUGGAUUCUUUACCAAACAACAGGGAUAUCAAAAGGAACUAUAAUUAACAAAAGACUGCAUCGCUCCAGGACGGACUCCUCAUGGAAGUUAUGUUUACGAUACUAUUUAAACAAAUUUAAGAUACUGUACAUUGGAUUUUAUAUAAAAUAUAUUAAGUUACAAAGUAGAAUUGAUAUUUUGUAUAUGAUAUUAAAGAAAAAUCGAACAAUUGACGGCAAUAUUGUCCUUGGUCAUUAUGAGACAGGUGAUACAUGAAAACCAAAUAAAAUUGUUUUCUUUUUAAAGAAAGGAAUAAAAUAAAGAUGUCUGCUGAACAGGU